AUGGCGACUGAGGAGGAUAUUGCGUGGUUUAAGUCUACUUUCCAUGACAUUCCAAAGCCCGAGCUCCCCGACGACUCUGUCGAGUAUUUCAUCUAUUAUCUGCCCUCCCCGCUACCCGCUGUUAUUGAUGCAGCAUCCGAGAGUCGAGCCAAGCUAUCAGAAGUUCAGCGAACUGCUGCGGAGAUAAGUAAAGAUCUGUUGAAGGGUUACAUCUGGCAGCGUGAUGGCUUCAAGCUGGAAAUAUCCAAGGAUGAUGGAAUUGCCUCUCUCCACGGCCGUACAAACUACGGCGACUCAAUUGAGGACGAAUGGGUCAUCGUUUACAUCCUGCGCGAAUUGACAAAACGACACAAGGACAUCUGGGUCCAGGUGAAGGACACUGAUGGAGAGUUUCUGCUCAUCGAGGCCGCAGGCGCUCUCCCCGCAUGGCUAGAGCCAGAGGUCGCAGAUAACAGGGUUUGGAUCAACCAGGGUGACCUCAAGAUCAUCAAGCCUAGGCAAGACAACGGAAAGAAAACCAAGAAAAUCAAGAGAGUUACCGAGAAGCUUUCCCUGAGCGAUGCGCACAAGAUUAUUCAAGACGAGCCGACUAUCUUCUUUCACUCCACCAUGAUCCAAGAAGAGGCCUUCUACCGACUACGAAACUACCCCAAGCAAAUAUCCGAAAACCUUCACUCCGCGAUCGUGACCAUUCCCCGCAAAGUCGCAUUCCUCCUUCGUCAGAAGCCCGCAUACAUCUCACCCGCCGUCGAAGCGCUCUACAUUCGCGACCCGAUCGCCUUGCGACCUCUCAAGGCAAAGGAUGCGUCCAAACUUAUUUUCAAACCAGACGACAUGGUCACUGUCAGUGUCCGGUUUACACGAGUAGGCUAUGCGCAAUUAAAGAGUCAGGAUUUCCCUGCGCCAACCACCUGGACAGGCAAGGUGCCUAUACCCGAUGGUUCGCCAGCUUACAACCGUGCGGAAACUGGGAUGAAACUCGCAUGUGGAUUUGAAAUGCUUCUACACGACCCUCAACACCAAGACAAGCCAUCGGUGCGAGAAAUGAAAUUACUCUUGGAAGACGUAGAUACUGGGGAUGAAGAGUUACCUACAGAUACAGAGAUCGAAAAGUGGGAUAUGCGCGAAGACGAUGAAAAGUGGCUGGAUAUCAGCUUUGAAGACCUUGAUCGGGAGCUCAAGGGAAAGGGCAAGGGCACAGAGGGAGAGGCUGACGGAGACUUCGGCGAUAUGAGUGCCCAAGAAAACCUACAACGGAUUGUGGCGCGCUUUGAAGAAUUCUUGAAUGAUACCUCGGCCGGCCCAGAAGGUGCCAACUUCAUGGACGACGACUUCGACACGGACUCUGACGUUAGCAUGGACGACGAAGAGUCCAGUAGUGAUGGAGAGGAUAAGGACGGGUCAUUUGACGAGGAAGAAUUUACUCGGAUGAUGAAAGAGAUGAUGGGAAUGCCCGGAUUUGAACAAGAAUCGAACGAGCUGGUCGCGUCCAUGCUCGAUCGGAUCAAGGAGGUUGGGGACGAGGAUGGGGAAGACGAAGAUGAGGAAGACGACACGGAACAGAUCCAGGAGCUAUCGCGCCAAAUGGGAGCCGAGCUUCAAGGAACUGGAGUACUGGAUCUGAAUCAGAAGUCGCAAUCAGGAAAGGGUAAAAAGGGUAAGAAGGGUAAAAAUGGCAAAGGGGGCGAGGUAGGUGAAGGCGAGGAUGGAAAUGAUAAUAUCAACCUCGCCAAGAAUCUACUGGAGGCUCUUCAAGGACAGGCAGGUACAGCGGGACCGGCUGGUAGUAUGCUCUCUAUGAUGAACCUACCGAUGCCCAAACACGACCAGUGA